CAAUCUCCCUUUCCCCCCACCCACCCCCGAUUUCAUCUUAACCAUGCCACUUAACCAUGCCAUUGUUGGGAAUGAUAAGAUAAUUCGCUUGGCAAAUGGGUUUGUACAGCUUAAUGAUUUGAGCUUUAGUGACAAUUCAAGUUGGACCAAAACUAAGAAGUUUAGAUUGGGAGUGAAAUUUGUGGAUGACGAAAUCAAAACUAAGUUUCCAAGAAUUGAGGGAGCUAUCUCCGAACCUUUUAGAGUGAUGGAUCAGCGUGGUGAAGGGUACAAGAAACACCACCCUCCAAGUAGGGGAGAUAAAAUCUGGCGAUUAGAAGGAAUUGCCAAAAAUGGUGCAUAUCUCCAACGCUUGUCCUCCAACGAAAUAAAAAAUGUGGAUGAUUUUUUGAAGACUUAUAAACAAAAGGGUUCUACUUACCUGAAACAGCUACUUGGUGAGAAAGUCUCUAUCGGCGAACAGAAGAAGAAGAGAGGAAAAGGAGGGUGGGCGGCGGCUGGGUAGAAAAGAAAAGAAAACUGAAAGAAGGAGCAGAGGGG